GUUAGGGUUUAAGUUUUUGAUUCCUUUUUUUCUUUGCAACUCCAAAUCCAAUUCUUUUCAGUUUUCUCUUCAUUUUCUAACAAACACAAGUAUGAAGAAGCCAGGAGUUUCCAUUCCUAACAAGACAAAUUACAGCACCCAAUGCGUCCGAAGACCUUGCAAGUGAUAAAUCGAUGCAAAACCAUUUCCCAACUUCACCAAGUCCACGGCCAUAGCAUCACCACCGGUCUCUUACCUCUCCACACACUGCCAAUCCUCAACAACAUUCUCUCCACCCUCACCUCCAUUCUCACCACCACCACCACCCCUUUUCCCCACUCAAUUACCACCUACGCCCUCUCCCUCCUCCGCUCCAUCCCAAACCCCACCACAUUCACCUUCAACACCCUCAUCAGAAUCCACGCCCUCCUCCUCUCCCCCCUCCCCGCCCUCCGCCUCUUCUCCUCCCUCCCCCGCCGCUCCCUCCCCCCAGACUUCCACACCUUCCCCUUCCUCCUCAAAGCCUCCGCCCAACUCCCCUCCCCCUCCCUCCCCCUCGCCCAAACCCUCCACUCCCAAGUCCUCAAGUUCGGUUUUUUAACCCAUACAUUCACCCUCAACACCCUCAUCCGCGCUUACUCCCUCCACCACCUCAUCAACGAUGCCCACAAACUCUUCUCCGAAUCCCCUCACAGAGACGUCGUCUCUUACAACGCCUUGCUUCAGGGCCUCAUCAAAACCCGCCACAUCCCCCGCGCCCGCCAACUCUUCGACGAAAUGCCCCUGCGAGAUCAAGUCUCCUGGGGCACCAUGAUAGCCGGCUAUACUCACUCCAAACUCUUUAACCAAUCCAUUCAACUCUUUAAUCAAAUGAUGAGGUUAAAUGUUAAACCUGAUAAUACAGCGUUGGUGUCGGUUCUCUCUGCCUGUGCCCAAUUAGGGGAGUUACAACAAGGUAGCACCGUUCAUGAUUACAUUAGAAGAAACAGGAUAAAAAUUGAUUCUUUUUUGGCGACCGGGUUGGUGGACUUGUACGCCAAAUGUGGGUGUGUUGAGACUGCGAGGGAUGUGUUUGAGUCAUGCACGGAUAAAAAACUGUUCACGUGGAAUGCCAUGCUUGUUGGCUUUGCGAUUCACGGGGAGGGUUCCAUGGUGAUGAGCUAUUUCUCUAGAAUGAUUGCGGAGGGGGUUAGGCCUGAUGGGGUGACCUUGUUGGGGGUGUUGGUGGGGUGUAGCCAUGCGGGUUUGGUUAGUGAAGCUCGGAGGGUUUUUCGUGAGAUGGAAAGUGUGUAUGGGGUGGCUCGGGAGGGGAAGCAUUAUGGGUGCAUGGCUGAUAUGUUGGCGAGGGCUGGGUUGAUUGAGGAGGCGGUGGAGAUGGUGAAAGGGAUGCCGAGUGGGGGCGAUGUGUUUGCGUGGGGAGGGUUGCUUGGAGGGUGUAGGAUUCAUGGGAAUGUCGAGGUUGCGAAGGAAGCAGCGCAGCAUGUGAUGGAGAUAAAGCCUGAGGAUGGUGGGGUGUAUUCGGUUUUGGCUAAUAUAUAUGCUCACGCUGAGCAAUGGGAUGAUUUAGUCAUGGUUAGGAGAUCGUUGAGUGCUAACAAGAGGGCCAAGAAGAUUACUGGUUGUAGUUUCAUUAGACUGACGGAGGAUACCUAGUUGCCAAUCAUGGUGUUAUAUAGCUAAUGUUCUCACGUUCCUCGUAGCCACGACAGGUUUCAUGCAUUACAGAUUAUCCACUCACAAGUUCUCACAUUAAUAGCGAAAUUCGAACUCUUGGUGAGAUGUGAGAUCUAUCUUUACCAACUAAUCAAUCUUUCAUGAUUGGUUGUAUAGCUAAUGCCAAUCAACCUUCUAAUGUCGAAGGUCAAUGUAAUGGAAAUGGAGAGGGAGUAAAGUGUAUAGAUUAAUUGGAUGUUAGAUUACGACAUAUGAUAGAUUUAAUUGUGGCUGAUUGCCAUUUACAUAUUUUUUGGGUGAAUAAUUUAUUAUUAGUAGUAACUUAUAAAAUAUUAUUGUUUGGAAUUGUAUCUUUACACUUGAGUUUGUAGUUGUGCAAACAGCUUGAGAACUUUGUGAUACUGGAGUGCCACCCAAGAGCCUCUUUUGGUAAUUCAUGGCAGUGCAUCACAAUAAACGUGUCGCUUAAUUCAGUCGAGUAAAUUAGUUCUUGGAAGAUAUUAGGUCUCGAUUAUUUCCACUCUUGGGAGGAUGAAAAAUCUCUGAAUAUACACUGUCAACUAAAUUAGUCUCUGCGUUAAUUGAGGCUAAUUAAAAUUGACGUUAGAUGCAUGAGUCGAGUCACUUUCUUCCCCCCAUACACAACGUUAUCUUGGUUUGGAAGGAAAAAAAUUACAUUAUCAAACCUGGUCAAAGACUCAAAAUUACUUUCUUCAUCCUCACAUUCAAUCUUGCUGCAACGGAGUAGGUUUGAAUUUAAAAUCCCAUACAAAUUAUACAAACAGUGAGUUUAUGUUUCUAUUAAUUCUAGUUACAAAAAAUUAAAUCAUUAAAAGUUGAACACAAAAUAGAGGCGGUGUUAUGCAGUGAAGCAGUUGAAAAAGACGAAACCAAGAUUUAAUUGAGUCUUUAGAAAUAUUCUCUUACAUUUGAAGACUCGUUGACUGCGAUUCAAGAUUUAAUUUUACUAGUUAUUGAAUAUGAAUUUCUUAAAU